AUGAAUUCGUUCUUUGUAGCGUCUCUGCCAAAGAACGCGCAGGCUUCCUGCGCCGCCUGUGCACGUUUCUCCGCCGCUUCUCUCUCCCCCUGUCCUUCCUACAUCUCGCACUCUUCUGCGAGAGGCGCGAGAAACUUCGACAAGAAUUUGUUCUUUCCGCCGUCUCACAAAAGAGCUGUCGCCUCUCCCGGUGUUGCCUGUCUUGCUUCCCUCCAUGUUUCACCCCUCUGGCCAUUCCCUUCCUCUACUCUCUCGGCUGGCUGUCUGCCUGGCAGGCAACGCAGUGGCAGACGUGGCAGUCGCCUCUCUGCUGCAAGUCGCGAAAGAGCUGACCAUACGAGUGCGGAGCGAAGCGAAACAAAUCGAGAAGCAUGGGGGAUCGACAGAGCCCAGGGGAGCGUUGCCGCUCGUAACUCUGAGGCAAGGAGUGCGACACCCGCUUCCGCCGUAGCCUCCGGGCUCUCUUUCUCAGUCGCUCCCUCGCCGCUCUCUGCCCCCUGUUCCCUCGGGCGGCGGGUAGCGUCAAGCUGUACGUACACCCGAGCGUUUAGCAGCGAGGCGGACGCUGGAAGCAAGUACGGGCCGGAGCCGCCUCAGCCGCCUGCCGGUCUCCACUGGUCGUGGUGGGAGCUUUACGUGAAGGGCGUGAAUCCAGAGUAUCCUCCUCGCCAGCGCAUGUAUGCGUUUCUCACGGCGGCAGGCGUGGAUGUGCUGGAGAUGGAGAUUCGGGAAAUAGAAGACGUCACACGCUGGCUAGAAAUGCGAAAUGUAUACGGGGAGAAAUUCCCGCGUUUUCCGUACGACGUCACCUUCGAAGACAAAAUCGAGGCUCUCAAAGAAAAGUACCCCUUGGCGACAAAGGAUAACCACGAUUAA